AUGGAGAAGAGUAUUUCGGCACCUCAGCCAAGUGCACCCGAGCCGAAGACCGUCUCUGGCAAGACUCUGUCCACGCGUACCUUGCACCCGGUCUUUGCUGCAUCCUACACCCUCGGUGACGAGCUUGGCAGCGGUGGUUUUGGCUUCGUCGUUGGCGCACACCGCAACUUUGACGGUCGUCCGGUAGCUGUCAAGUUCAUUUGGAAGAACAAGGUGCCCAGCCACGGCUGGGUGCGUGACCCUACCAUGGGUGUCAUUCCCUUGGAAGCCUUUGUAUUGCGGGUGGUCGAUCACCCUUGCGUUGUCAAGUUCAUCGACCUGUUCGACGAUGACGAGUUUUUCUACUUGGUCAUGGAGAUGCACGGCACACCCUGGAAGACUCCCGAAGCGGAAGAGGAGAGCAAGCCCGUCGUCCCUGAACCCCAGCAGCAGCUCAUCGAAGCAGCUCCCCAGAAGGCGUCUCUGGCACCCCCUCAGCGACCUGCCCCAAUGGAGCGCCGUACUUCUCGCGACCUCUUUGAAUGCAUCGAGCAACACACGCGCUUCUCGGAAGAUGUGGCAUCGUGGAUCUUUGCCCAGAUCGUCGAGGCUGUGUACUACUUGGGUCAGCUGGGCAUUUGCCACCGUGACAUCAAGGACGAGAACUGCGUCAUCGACUCGGACUGGAAUGUCAAGAUCAUCGACUUUGGCUCGGCUGUUAUCAGCGACCCUCGCAAGCCUGCUCCUUACUUUGAUCGAUUCUUCGGCACAAUGACAUUUGCCAGCUCAGAGAUCCUACAGGGUCGCCAAUACCGCGCUCCUCACGCCGAGGUCUGGAGUCUGGGCGUGCUCCUUUCCAUUCUGCUAAGCGGCGAAUGCCCCUUUUCCGAGCCAGCUGCGGCCGUAAAGGGCCGAAUCUCCAGUCGUGUCAAGAACAGCUGGAGCUCCGAAGCUUACAACCUGCUCUGCGGAUGCGUACAGGUCGACCCCGAGAGGAGGGCAACGAUUGCCCAAGUGCGGGACCACCCUUGGGUUAGGAGGGCUUGGGAGCGAAAGGGUCUGCGCAGGCCCUCGGCUCCUCAGAUCUUCUGAAGGAGGCAAGAUGCAAUCGCCAGAUCGGCAAUCGCAAUCGCACACACACAGACACACACGCACGCACGCACGCACGCACGCAUACUCGCCAAUGCACUCGUACACUCAUACUCACGCAAUCGCAAUCGCAAACACACCCAACUUAUUACAGUACAUUAUCACGACGUCUCUUCAAAAUUGUUCUGGAUCAGCACGCGUCCUUCUCUUCUCUUGUCCUGAUCUGUCACAUUCUGUCGAUAUUCUUUUGGACCUUCCUGCGGACUUCGUUGUCGUAUAUCCUUAUCCUUUUACCUUAUAUGUAUUUCUAGUUUAACGACGCAAUCUUUGCCUUCUCGCACCUCGGACUAGCACAUCCAAACGUCGGUCCUCCUUCCUCUUGGAAGUCUUUCUCCUUAACGACAUUUCAAUUUGACUACCAUCUACUUUGAC